CGCUUGAGCCUAACAAACGUGUGAGUUGAAUCUAGUAGUCGUUCAGAACUAAUUACUGAGUGAGACAGUCAGUGAGUGGUGGAUGUCGAAGCGCUUCGGUCACGUUUCAUUCGGCAAACUGAUCUGCGUUUGCACUUUCUGUAACGACUCAAAAACAUUUAAUUCUACAGGUAAUCUACUGUUACGUUUCCGUAUGAUAGACGUAAAGAAACGAUCCAGUAGCGGUACAAGAAUACGUGGCGUUAAUCAACCUGCUGGUUCGUGGCGUGGGCUGGUUUGUGGUUAACGACAGGGACGCACUAGUAUAGCUUUUUUAUACAGAUUUUUUUGUAAGAAGAGCUUCCUGAUCAGCAGUACUUCGCAGCGGCGUUCCAAAACCGGGCAGUGUGUUCCGUGGCAUACGCCGCAUUCAUCAUCAGUUCAGAAACAAUGAGCCUUAAUGUUCCGUCCUUCCGUUCUCCAUAAAUAAAUGAGAGUUUUGCCGUCGUGCCUCGCUAAAAGAAAGCCUUCGCGCGCCCGAUGACGUCAGGUGAAGCAGUCCCGCGGCUGUGAGCUCGGGGCGCGCGGCCCUGCAGCCGAACCUGUAUUAAUAGUACGGGUCGCGCGCUCGUUCCCACUCGUGGAGUCGCAGGGCCGGGGCCGGUGGAGCUGGAAGGAGCCACCAGUGUUUUCUUGCCUGCUUGUAGUGUAGCUGAGGACAAGCAUGGACGUGCUGGCGAUUUUGAAUUUGGGCGAAAUUGCCCAAUAUUUUUCAAAAAUGGCAAUGUUUCCAGUUUUUGAUCUUGCAUAUUACAUCGUUUCAAUACUCUACCUCAAGUAUGAACCAGGGUCAGUGGAGGUGUCUCGAAGGAGUCCCGUGGCUUCCUGGCUUUGUGCCAUGCUUUACUGUUUUGGGAGCUACAUCCUGGCGGACAUCAUGCUUGGAGACUCUCCCAUUGACUAUUUCCACAACAACAGCCACAUACUCCUUGCUACAGCUGUCUGGUACCUCAUAUUUUUCUGCCCUCUCAACUUAUUCUACAAAUGUGUGACCUUCCUGCCUAUCAAGCUUGUGCUGGUGGCUAUGAAAGAGGUGGUCCGUACUCGCAAAAUUGCAGCCGGGGUGCAUCACGCUCACCACGCCUAUCACCACGGUUGGUUCAUCAUGGUCAUCACAGGUUACGUCAAAGGAGCUGGAGUGGCUUUGAUGUCCAACUUUGAGCAGCUCCUGCGUGGAGUUUGGAGACCUGAGACCAACGAGAUUCUGAAUAUGUCAUUCCCUACAAAGGCCAGCCUGUAUGGAGCCAUUCUGUUCACGCUUCAGGAGUCGCACUGGCUGCCUGCAUCUAAGAGCACUCUAAUUUGUCUCUUUACUCUGUUUAUGGCCACUUCUAAGGUUAUUAUGACUGCCCGUCACUCUCAUGGAUCUCCUUUUGCUCUGAUUGAAUCCUGGGUGUGCCACCUGCUGUUUGGCUCCCCCCUUGGAAGCUCUGAGGACUCCCACGACCACCAUCACCCUGCACCUGUUGCUGCUGCCCCAGCCUCUCCCACUAAAACCAAGGAGGAGCUGAAUGAGGGUACCCGUAAAAGAAAGUCCAAGAAGGCAGAGUAGAUGUUCGGCUAGGGGUAUGGAAGAAAUCGAACAAAGUUCACCACCACCAAGAAGAACCGAAAGCAUCUGAUUGCCCUCUUUUGUUCAGCAACUGGCCCUGUACACAUGUUGCAUUCUGCCAGUGAAAAUUAACUCUCACGUUACUUGCUGGGAGAUGGGACCGUUUGGUGCAUACAAGAAAACCGUUUAUGGUAUAAGAUGGAUUUUUAGUAAUGUGACCUACAGUUUAAAUACAAUUAAAAUACUGUAAAUAGCUUCAAAUUUCAAUUUGGGCAAGUUAAUAUUAGCGAGUACAUUUAACAGAGUAAUCUAUUUAUGUAUUUAUUUAUUUUCAGGUGGGAAUUUUCUGCUCUUGAAUGUAAAAUCUGUGGUGGUGUUGAUGAAUUACCAGCUUGCUUUACACAGCUUUGCUUUUUCUCUUAACUGCUAUAAAUGUCUCUGUUCCAGAUAUAGGAGUUCCAGCUAACUAUUAAGUAAAGUUCGUAGUAUAUUAAUUUAAAAAUUUCCUUUAGAUUUAAUUUCUAUUAAUACUUAAUUUAAGAUUUCACUUAAUUAAAGACAGGUUCAUCACAAUGUAGAAAGAAACCACAGGACUGCACUCUUAUUUUUAAACCACACAGGGAUCAUUCACACCCCAUAGAUUUAAAAAAGUCAGAUGCAUCACCUGAAAUAAAGCUAAGGUACUGCUUUCUUUGGAAAAGUGGGAGAAAUGUAUUGUCUUGCUUACUUUUCAGUUUUUGAAGAUGCACAGCAGAGGAUACAUGUUUCAGUACAGCAGGUUUUCUCUAGACACUUGGGCAGAAAAACAUAAGUCAGCACUCCAUUGUCAAAAGAGAAAGGAAGACAGGGUCCAGCCUAGGGCAAUCUCUGGAGAAUAAGAUACACCUAAGAUGAGUUUAAGUACUUGACUCUAGUGCUAAAAAAAGAUAUGGGUGAUCAUUUGGAUCACUUGUUUGGGUAAAAAAAAAACAGCCUCGGCUUGUCACAGGUUCCGCUGUGAGCUGGACCCUGGUAUGCUUGCUUUCUCAAGCAGGCUCAGAAAGAUGGACUGGAGAUUGUGCAAUUUUAUAAAAAAUUAAAUCAAGCAGGACUGGACUCCCUGGACCCAUUCUAAUUCACUCCAAGUAAACCAUGGAGAGAAGCGGGCUCCACAAUGCCAACUGUUCCAGAAGCAUCGAAAUGGGUUCAGAAGUUAAAUAUGUGAAAUCACAUUUGACACUCAGGAAGCACAGUGACACAGCAGGUUGCAGUGGUGCCUCACAGCAGCUGGGCUGUGAGUGUGGGAGUGGAUUUGAAUAUGGUUCAAUUUGUGCAAAAUCUUCUCUUCAUAUUCAUCAUCUUCUUCCCAUGUUUGUGUGGUUUUCUUCUCACAGUCCAGAGACGUGUUUCAGGUGAAUUGCCCAUAGUGUGUACCAAUCUGAGUGACUAUUUCUGAUUGACCUAUAAUAGAUUAGCACCCUGUCCAGUGUUUACCCUGCCUCGUGCCUCAUGCUUCCAGGAUAGGCUCUGGACCGCUGUGAUCCUGCACUGGACAAGCAUUAUUGACAAUAGAUGGAAACACAGUGAAUUUACAUUUUCAUCUACUGUGAACCUGAAUUGGACAAGUGGUUACUGUAACAACCAUAGGCAUCUGGAUUGCUGUUAACUUCCUAAAGAGGACUGAAGUGCCAGAAAAAAACCCUGUAUGGUUUUCCAUUUUUAUUAGGUCUGACUCCCCUGGCCUUUUGCCUUGUAGCAUAUUGGUUACUGUUGUAGCAUAUGAGCUGGGAGGGGCUGAUAGCCCAGCUAUUUAGAUUGGCAUGAAGCUGGAGCUCAGAGGUGGGAUACUGCACCACAAUAGAGGACAAAUUUUUGGUAAUCAAGUGGGCUGUCCUCACCCUCUGGUGCUGGCUGUUUAGCUAAGCUCUUUAUCCUCUGCACUGAUCCUGUCUUUCUGCAGUGUCCACACAGAACGGAAGACAACAUUGUUCAGAUCCCUCCGCAAUGGUCCUCAGUGGUACGUUCCAGCUGUUUCAGUGCCAUGUGCUUCUCCACCCACUACUCACAACAUUUGUGUCAGUGUUAUUCCAGUAAGAGUUGGGAGAUGAACAGUGGAAAUGGGGGAACCAGAGAGGGGUGGCACUUUGUGGAGGAAAAGGGGCAAGGGCCUCUCUGUAAACACAUCAGGAGUAUAGUGAUAACAAAUGUACUGGCAUCAAUCUCAUUCGGUGCCCAGGGAUGAACACAUUUGUAGAAGUCACAGAAAUAAGAACAGGAAAAAGAUAACCAAAUCAGUAAUAGCAAUGAGAAAGGAAUACAUGUUAAUUUAUAUGAAAAUGUUUACUUGUUACCACAGUCUAGGUUGUCAGGUUGGUUUAUAAAUGUUUAUUUGAAUAAUUUACCAAUUAGUAAGAUCCUGUCACAUGUAGGAUCUAUGAUGUGUAUUCUUUUCUGUCUUAUGAGUGUUCACUUCCACAUCACCCACAUUCAGUGAGUGAAUUUUGACAGUUAAUUCUGUAAAAUAUCAACCUUUUGCCAAAGAAUGUGAUAUAGUACAUCAAAACAACAUAAAACUGGGUUCCAGAUCAAAUCUGGCAGAAGCUACAGUUUACUUUCAUUGCUCUCAUCUUUUGUAACAUUCUGUAUUAUGGCUACAGGGUAGGCAUAUAUGCAUCACAUUUUAAUAUAUACAUUCACAAACACAACAACUGCUUUAAUUUUCACUAAUCUUCCCAUUCAGUUGUGUCACAGAUAUAUUAAAAAAUACCUGAAAGCCAAAAAUUUGAUCUGAGUUUUACUGGAGAUGUUUCGGAGCUUGUUCCUUUUUUUGUUCAUUGAGAGAAAAAAUGGCCUCUAUAUAAGAUGAGCAAAAAAAUGGAGGUAUAAGUAACUGGCUGUUUAUAGUAUUCUAUUUGAAGAGUCUACACAACAAACAAAUUUUGCAUUGAAUAAAUAUACUGAUAGUAACAGUGACAUCUGUGGACCAGAAGUCAACUGUGUUUUUCAGAGUGUUGAUUCCUUUUUCUAUCAGGGACCGACAUGCUAUUGUUUGUACCUGUACAAACUUACAACAAUAAACAUACGUAUUAGAAAAAAUACUGAGUGAGCUGCAAUAAACUGUAAAACUUUUUUCAAGCCAGUGUUUACUAAUUAAUUUUUAUGCAUUAAAUGAGGCAUUCCCUAGCUAGGUAACUAUCAAAUCAGUUUGAUUGGGUAAAAUAAGUUCACAGACUGUGAUUAACCAUAUAGGAUUUAAGUUGUAAAAUGGUCCAGAAUAAUGACUUGCACACAAACAUUUUUCAUUUUAAAGCUUGCCCCUACCACUACUGUAUUGCCUUUAAACUAUAAAUUUAUUCUAAACUGCACCAGGAUAAACAGUUGUAUUUUUUGAAUAAAGGUGUCAGAUAAAAGGCAGAUUAAUGCCAAAAUUGUUCAUUUUGGGAAGUGGGCAAAAUAGUGCUGAAACCCAUCAACCUUGUAGGCGUGUUAACAACUGUUCUGUAAGGAAUCCAAUCCUGAUUGAAUCCAUCAGUUUUUCUCAGUGAUCUAUUUUUUGAGUACAGUUCAGUUGCUGUUUUCUGCUGCAAGUCCUC